AUGGCCGAUGGUCUUCGUGAGGCGGAUCACGUCGAUGCCAAUAGUCUCCCGCAAUGUAUCGCUGUCACGCACCCACACGUGGCACGUUAUCGGAAGACGCGGUUACUCGAGCAAGAUCAUGGCCCUGCUGGAUCGCAAUCGCUGAGCACCAUAGAUCAAGAGGUGUACGGCGACCCCAGGCACCCGAUCCGAUUCAGGAUAGGCAACGGCGGCGCUGGAUUCACGGGGCUUCUGAGAGUACUGAGCGAGAGCUAUAUCCGUGAGCAUGGCAACGACUUCGGGAUAGGGUGGGUCGCGAACCACAGUCGCUACUCACAGCUAGCCUUACUCGCCGAUGUCGUGCAAGUGGCGUUGACUUACGAACCCGACAACGAAGACCUGGCCAUUGGAGAAGGCUGGGCUGUAAGAGUCUGUAGAGCAUUCAAUGACCACUUCGUGUUGGCGGGUCCCGAAAGUGAUCUCGGAGCUCGAACAAUCGUUGAAGGCUUACGCUCAAUCGCACAACGCAAUCUUGUGGCAGAUUCUGGUCCCCAGCGAUUGCAGCAGCUGAUCUUUCACACGCGCGGCGAUGGCUCUGCGACGUACUGCAAGGAGCGCUCACUCUGGAAGGCCGCCGGUACUGACAUCGAAAACAGCAAGUGGGUCAAGACCUAUGCCGUUGCUCCAUACGAUGCUUUGCGCCGAGCAGAGGCAGAAGGCGCGUUCCUGAUUAGCGAUCGUGCAACCUUUCUCUCCGCGAAGGAGGAUGGGGUGAUAUCUUCUCUUAGGGUUCAUGUCGAAGGCGGUCCAGAAUUGCUCAAUCCAUGUUCAGCGCUAGUGAGGGACGAUGCGACCAGGAUGGCGUGCCAAGAGGGGGCAAAUGCAUGUGAUUUUGCGAAAUGGCUAAGCGGAAGCAAGGCGCAAGAUAUUAUACACGACUAUGGUCGGGACUGGAAGCUUGAGAAGCCACUCUUUACCGUCGCCACGCAGAAAGAAUUCGCAGAGGACGAUAGACUCGUGCCUUCCCGAUGA